CUUGACGGCGAGGAAGCCGGAAGCUUCAGCCACCGCCGCCGUCGUCCUCUCCCCGUCCCCGCCCGCCGGGUACCGUCGGAGGUUGACAGGUCGUGGCGGGGAGGCGGCGGCGGCGGGGGCAGAGCCGGGCGCCCAGGACGGAGAACCCAUGGGGAACGCUCCGAGUCACAGCAGUGAAGACGAAGCGGCAGCCGCUGGUGGCGAGUGCUGGGGCCCGCACCAGGACUGGACUGCGGACUCGGGCACGACCCCCGGCCCGGGCCAGGCGGCCGCGGCGCUGCCGCCCGCCGCGGCGCUUCUGGAGCCGGCUCGGCUGCGAGAGGCAGCGGCUGCGUUGCGGCCCGCGCCGCCCUGCGAGUCUCUGGUGUCCAGGCACCACGGAGCGCUCUUGCGCUGGCUGGAAGAGCGACUGGGCCGCGGCGAAGAGUCCGUCACCUUGGAGCAGUUCCGGGAGCUGCUGGAGGCUCGCGGCGCUGGCUGCUCCGGCGAGCAGUUCGAGGAGGCCUUUGCCCAGUUUGAUGCUGAGGGUGACGGUACAGUUGAUGCUGAGAACAUGUUGGAAGCCCUCAAGAAUUCCAGUGGAGCUAAUCUGCAGGGGGAACUGAGCCACAUCAUCAGACAACUGCAAGCCUGUUCUCUUGUUCCGGGUUUCAUAGAUAUAUUUUCAGAGUCCAGGGAGGGCCUGGGUACACACUCGUCAAUGAUCCUGCGCUUCCUGCAUCGCAAUCGGCUCUCCAGCACAGCCAUCCCUUACCCCUUGCUGGACCACUGCAACAACAUGUGCACCAUGAGGGCUUCUGUUCUGAAGGAGUCUCUGGAUCAAAUGAUACAGAAAGAAAAGGAAAGCCCUGGAGAUCUAACCAGAAGCCCAGAGAUGGAUAAAUUCCAGUCAGUAGCAAAGUGCUAUGCUUAUAUAGAAACUUCCUCCAACCCUGCAGACAUUGACAAAAUGACCAACGGAGAAGCGUCAUCCUACUGGCAGUCAGAUGGCAGCGCCCGCUCACACUGGAUCCGUUUAAAAAUGAAGCCAGAUGUUGUACUUAGGCACCUGUCCAUUGCAGUGGCUGCCGCUGACCAGAGCUACAUGCCACAGCAGGUGACUGUCGCUGUAGGGAGGACUGCCAGCGAUCUUCAGGAAGUCCGCGAUGUGCACAUUCCCAGCAAUGUUACUGGCUACGUGACACUGCUGGAAAAUGCUAACAUCAGUCAGUUCUAUGUCCAGAUUAACAUAAAGCGUUGUCUUAGCGAUGGAUGUGACACUAGAAUUCAUGGUCUGAGGGCUGUUGGCUUUCAGAGAAUUAAGAAGUCUGGGGUCUCAGUCUCAGAUGCCUCUGCAAUAUGGUAUUGGUCUCUGCUGACAUCUCUGGUGACAGCUUCCAUGGAGACAAAUCCCACCUUUGUUCAGACAGUGCUACACAAUACACAGAAGGCCCUGAGGCACAUGCCCCCACUCUCCCUCUCACCAGGAUCUACUGAUUUCUCAACUUUCCUGUCCCCUAAUGUUCUGGAAGAAGUGGACAGCUUCCUCUUAAGGAUAACUAGCUGCUGUUCCACUCCAGAGGUGGAGCUGACUCUUCUGGCUUUUGCGCUAGCGAGAGGAAGUGUUGCCAAAGUGCUGAACUCUCUGUGUACCAUCACUGACCACCUGGACACACUCUAUGAUGCCUCAUCCCUCAUCUCAUCCAUGGCCUCAGUGAGGCAGAACCUUCUCCUUAGAUAUGGUAAACCUCUCCAGUUGACUCUUCAGGCCUGUGAUGUCAAAGGAAAAGAAGAGAAGUCAGGACCUGAAAACCUCCUUAUUGAACCAUGGACAAGGGAUGGUUUUCUUACAGAGACUGGAAAAACCAGAGCAAGUACAAUUUUUUCUACAGGAACCGAAUCUGCCUUCCAAGUUACAUUGAUCCGGAUUAUGGUUCGGCGUGGUGGCAUUGGUGCCCAGUGUGGGCUGGUGUUUGCCUAUAACUCAUCUUCUGAUAAAUUUAAUGCAGAAGAACACUUCAAAAGGUUUGAAAAAUACGACAAAUGGAAGCUUCAGGAAUUCAGGAAAUUUGUAAAAGGCAGGAUUGGUCGCUCAUCUGAUGACCUGGGAGAGGAUGAUCCUAUUGGCUGGUUUGAGCUGGAAGAAGAGUGGGAUGAAGCAGAUGUCAAAUUGCAACAGUGCAGAGUUGCCAAAUAUUUGAUGGUGAAGUUCCUCUGCCCCCGUCAGGAGUCAGCAGAGCGCUUGGGAGUUCAAGGCUUGAGCAUCAGUGGGUACCUCCGACCUGCGAGAGCAGAAGCUCAACAGAGCAUUGUCUGUGCUCACUGCAGAAAGGACACGGAGGAGAGUGUCUGCGGGGCCGCACUGCUCCUCAGGACCCUGCAGUUCAUUCAGCAGCUCGCCCAUGACCUGGUACAGCAGAAGGAAAGUGGCUUGAAAUAUAAAUCUUUUCUGGACUUUGCUGGUCUUGAUCUGGAGAUCUUCUGGAAUUUUUACAAUAAAUUAAAGCAAAACCCAAGGGAAGAAUGCGUCUGCGCCCAGACCCUGCUCCUACAGCUCCUGCAAAGCUGCUUCUGGGUGCUGCGGGGAGACACACCAGCUGCCCCCAAGGAGUCAAAGGCUCCAAGACAGAGCCCUAGAGGGGUGGAGGCUGCCAAGGAGCUCUACACACACUUAUGUGAUGUGGUGGAUAGGGUGGAUGGAAACUCUGUGCCUGUGGAAAUAUUAAAACAAGAAGUCAGGAAUACUCUUCUUAAUGGGGCUGCCAUCUUCUUUCCUGAUCGACAGACCCGGAGGAACCAGCUCUUCACCAUGAUGAAGAAUGUCACCGAGCAGGAACACAAGCAGUCCCUGCAGCUCACUUUCCGCUCACUGUGCACAUAUUUUAGUGAUAAGGAUCCAGGCGGCCUCCUGCUGUUACCUGAGAAAGGCGAACUGGCCGACAUGAACAUCAGCGAAGUACUUGGAGUCAUGAGCACUCUCGUCACCGUUGCUGCUCGAGAGUGUGAGCUGUUGAUGCUCAGUGGGGUCCAAGGGGAGGUUGGCUCUGUGCUCUUCUCUCUGUUCUGGUCCGUCCAAGGCAGCCUGCUUUCCUGGUGCUACCUGCAGCUGAAGAGCACGGACUCUGCAGCCAAAGAUCUUGCCGUUGACCUUAUUGAAAAAUAUGUGGGACAGUUUCUGGCCAGCAUGAGAGUGAUUUUGGAAUCCCUUUUGUCUCAGUAUAGUGGAAAAACCAUAGUAGAAAAAUUAUGUAAUUCAGUGUUUUCCAUGGCAGCUCGUCAACUGGUAGUCUUCCUACUGGACUUCUGCGCGUUAGACAUUUCCCACUGCACACUCCUAAGGGAGUUCAGUACCCUCACGGAGCUUCUCAAGAAGCUCUGCAGCGAUCCUGAGGGAGGACUGAAUAAGAUGGAUGUUGAGACUUGGCAACAAGAACGUCCUGUGGUGUUACAUACAUGGACUAAGGAGUCUGCCCACAACUAUGAAAACAACUGCCAUGAGGUGUCUGUCUUUGUUAGCCCAGGGGCAACGUAUUUUGAGGUGGAAUUUGAUGAGCGGUGUGAAACUGAAAAAAGGUAUGAUUAUCUGGAAUUUACUGAUGCUAGAGGUGGAAAAACACGCUAUGACACAAAAGUUGGCACUGACAAAUGGCCCAAGAAAGUGACCUUUAAGGCUGGUCCUAGGCUGCAGUUUCUCUUUCACUCUGACAGCAGUAACAAUGAGUGGGGCUACAAGUUCACUGUCACUGCCUACGGCCUGCCUGAUGUGGCUGUGUCUUGGGGGUUGGAUUUGCAGCUCCUCGUUUCCCGACUGAUGGGACGCCUUGCUUCCCAGUGCAUGGCGCUCAAGUCUGUGCACCAAUUAGGAGGUAACAUGGCAGUACCUCAGGCAAAGAUGGCAUUGGUCCUAAACUCUCCCUUGUGGAAACCUGUCUUCAGACAUCAAUUGUGCCCAGAGUUGGGAGUAGAAGCAAGCUGGCCCACUCACCCACACCAGGAUAGUAAAGAGGUUAAGAACAUCCCUGAUGAUCCUUGCCACCAUUUUCUUCUUGAUUUUGCACAGUCAGAUCCUGCCCAGAACUUCUGUGGGCCAUAUUCAGAACUUAUCAAAGGAUUCAUACAGGCAUGUAGAAAACAGGCCCCAAAGACAGAUAUAGUUGCUGGUUCCACUAUUGAUCAAGCUGUGAACGCCACCUUUGCUGCUCUGGUGUAUCGCACUCCAGAUUUAUAUGAGAAGCUGCAAAAAUAUGUAAACAGUAGGGGCAAGGUAGCCCUGAGCGAGGAGUUUGCACAGGUGUAUUCCCUGGCAGAUGGGAUUCGAAUAUGGAUGUUAGAGGUGAAGCAAAAGUCCCUGAUGAGCCUGGGGAACGAGGCUGAAGACAAGCGCGGGUCAGAGGCUGCUGAGGCCAACCCCGAGAGCCUGGCAAAAGAGUGUAUUCAGAAGAGUCUUCUCUUACUAAAAUUCUUGCCCGUGGGUGUAAGUUUGAAAGGAAGCUGUGACAGGUUGGUGACUGGAGCUGAGACUGAUCAUCUGCAACCCCUUGACAAGCGCCAGAGGACGAGCUCCGUGGUGGAAGAGUAUUUCCAAGCCUCAGGAUCUCCCGCUGAAGCAGCUCUUCCUGCUGUGGGAGACAGGAGUCCCAGCUCGGAUGUCCAGCCAAAGCUGCCGCCCAGCGGUGGCCCUGCUGCCUCAGAAAUGUCCUCUGCUACAGCUGAGGAGCCCUCGUCCCCUUGCACUCCCACCCGGCGGCCUCCCUUCACCCGAGGGCGACUCCGGCUGCUCUCCUUCCGAUCAAUGGAGGAAGCUAGGCCGAUUCCCACGGUGAAAGAGAAAUACCCUGUACUGAAGGAUGUCCUGGACUUCAUCAAAGAUCAGUCACUCUCCCAUGAGAGUGUUAUAAAGGUUCUUUCCUUGAGGAAAGCCCAAGCCCAGAGCAUCCUCGAAGUCCUGAGGAUAAUUCAGUAUUGUGCAGAAUCCCUCGGGCAGCCCCAUUGCUUCCAUCCACCUUAUAUACUUUUCCUGUUGGAACUUCUGACCUGCCAGAAAGAGUUUACCAAUUAUUUCGGACACUUGGAGGGCUGUGGUGCAGAUCUACACAAAGAAAUUCGAGAUACUUACUAUCAAUUUGUUCUGUUUUUGGUCAAAGCAAUUAAAGGAUGUAAUAGCAUAAAUGACAGGUCCUUUCUGCCAGCCCUGUCCUGUGUUCAGACAGCCCUGCUCCACCUUUUGGAUAUGGGCUGGGAACCCAGUGACCUUGCCUUCUUUGUCGACAUUCAGUUACCAGACCUCCUCAUGAAAAUGUCGCAAGAAAAUAUAAGUGUCCAUGACAGUGUGAUCAGCCAAUGGAGUGAAGAAGAUGAGCUUGCUGAUGCCAAGCAAAAUUCAGAAUGGAUGGAUGAGUGUCAGGAUGGCAUGUUUGAGGCCUGGUAUGAAAAAAUAGCCCAGGAAGAUCCAGAGAAGCAGAGGAAAAUGCACAUGUUUAUUGCUCGCUAUUGUGACCUGUUAAAUGUGGACAUCUCCUGUGAUGGGUGUGAUGAGAUUGCCCCCUGGCACCGCUACCGGUGUCUGCAGUGCAGUGACAUGGAUCUCUGCAAAACUUGCUUCCUAGGUGGGGUAAAGCCGGAGGGCCACGGAGAUGACCAUGAAAUGGUCAACAUGGAGUUUACCUGUGACCACUGCCAGGGUUUGAUCAUAGGCCGGAGGAUGAAUUGCAAUGUGUGUGAUGACUUUGAUCUUUGCUAUGGAUGUUAUGCGGCAAAGAAAUAUUCCUAUGGCCAUUUGCCUACCCACAGUAUCACAGCCCAUCCAAUGGUGACCAUCCGGAUCAGUGACCGGCAGAGGCUCAUCCAGCCCUACAUCCACAACUAUGCCUGGCUGCUCUUUGCUGCCCUGGCUCUCUAUAGCGCCCACCUGGCCAGCGCAGAGGAUGUGGACGGUGAAAAGCUGGAUGCCCAGGCCUGUGGCAGUGCCAUCACUCUGCGAAGCCAGUGCAUGCAACUUGUGGGGGACUGUCUGAUGCAGGCUCACCAGGGAAAAGGUCUUAAAGCUCUAGCUCUUCUUGGUAUGUUGCCAGAUGGUGACUCUACUUCAGAAAAUCAGGCCCCACCAGUUACUGUACCGACCAGACCAUCAGAGGAGCAGCGAGAGAAGAAAACUGUCCAGGUUGCUGAGGAGCCAGCAGACACCAGCCCUUUUGUGCACUGCAAUGGAAAGAGAGAUGUUCAUAAGGAAGUCAGAACUUUUGAUUGCAAGCAGAGAAAUAAGGCAGCUGAAGGUGUAUCAUUAAUGAAGGAUCCUUUAUGUCAGACUCAGAUUUCAGACUCACCUGCAGAUGCUAGCACACCUACAGGACUUCCAGAUGCUGACAGUUCAGAAGCAUCAUCUCAGAAGCCCAUUGAGGAAAAAGCAGUUAUUCCAAGCCCAGAGCAAGUGUUUGCUGAGUGCUCCCAAAAGAGGAUUUUGGGAUUACUAGCAGCCAUGCUACCUCCCUUAAUGUUGGAUCCCACAGUUCCCCUGAUAGACCAGGAGCACGUCCUCCCACUCAUGUUUCAGGUUGUCAUCUCAAACGCAGGCCACCUGAAUGAAACCUACCACCUCACCCUGGGUCUUCUCGGCCAGUUAAUCGUCCGCCUUUUACCAGCAGAGGUAGAUGCUGCAGUGAUCAAGGUCCUCUCAGCCAAACACAACCUGUUUGCGGCAGGGGACAGCUCCGUUGUGCCAGAUGGCUGGAAGACCACCCAUCUGCUCUUUAGCCUGGGAGCUGUGUGUCUGGACAGCCGCGUGGGCCUGGACUGGGCGUGCUCCAUGGCAGAGAUCCUGCGGUCCCUCAACAGUGCCCCCCUGUGGCGUGAUGUCAUGGCUUCCUUCACAGACCACUGCAUCAAGCAGUUGCCUUUCCAGCUGAAGCACACCAACAUUUUCACCCUACUCGUGCUGGUCGGCUUCCCCCAGGUCCUCUGUGUGGGCACCCGCUGUGUUUAUAUGGAUAAUGCCAACGAACCACAUAAUGUGAUCAUCUUGAAGCACUUCACUGAGAAGAACAGGGCUGUGAUCGUCGAUGUUAAAACCCGGAAAAGGAAAACAGUGAAGGACUACCAGCUGAUCCAGAAAGGAGGAGGGCAGGAAUGCAGUGACUCUCAAGCCCAGUUGAGUCAGUACUCCCAGCACUUUGCCUUUAUUGCCAGUCACCUCCUUCAAACCAGUAUGGACAGCCAGUGUUCCGAGGCAGUGGAAGCAACUUGGGUCCUGUCCCUAGCCCUCAAAGGAUUAUAUAAAACUCUAAAGGCUCAUGGUUUUGAGGAGACCCAUGCUACCUUCCUUCAGACUGAUUUGCUGAAACUGCUGGUGAAAAAGUGCAGCAAAGGGACGGGCUUCAGUAAAACAUGGCUCCUCCGGGACCUGGAAAUUUUGUCAAUCAUGCUGUACUCCUCAAAGAAGGAGAUCAGCGCUUUGGCCGAGCAGGGCGACCUGGAGCUGGAUGAACGAGGGGCUCAGGAGGAGGAGGUGGGACGGCCGGUCCGCAGCCCUAGUGAACCAGAGCAGAGAAAGUCAGACCCUCUUGAAAGCCUGGAUGAGCCCACCAGAAUUUGUUUCUUGAUGGCUCAUGAUGCCCUCAACGCCCCUCUGCACAUUCUUCGAGCCAUAUACGAACUGCAGAUGAAAAGGACCGAUUCUUUCUUCCUGGAGGUUCAGAAGAGGUAUGGGGCGUUUAGAUGCAGCUGCAGUGCAGCGAGAGAACAAGCGAGGGCAGGCCGCACUUACCUCCUGCCGAUGAGACCUGGGUUUGAUGGAGAUGAGCUCACCACGGAUGAAAGGAUACGGACGCUGGCUCAGAAGUGGCAGCCCAGCAGGAGUCUGAGGUUGGACGAGCAGAGUGCCAAAGCUGUGGAUACAGAUAUGAUUAUCUUACCGUGCUUGUCCCGGCCCGCACGCUGCGACCAGGCCACAGCUGAGUCAAACCCUGUGACCCAGAAGUUGAUCUCCAGCACAGAGAGUGAACUGCAGCAGAGCUAUGCUAAGCAGCGGCGUAGCAAGAGCGCUGCCCUCCUGCACAAGGAGCUGAACUGCAAGAGCAAGAGGGCGGUGCGGGACUACCUUUUCCGCGUGAAUGAGGCCACAGCUGUCCUGUAUGCCCGCCAUGUGCUCGCGUCCCUGCUCGCUGAGUGGCCAGGCCAUGUUCCAGUGAGCGAGGACAUCCUGGAGCUAAGUGGACCUGCCCAUAUGACCUACAUUUUGGAUAUGUUCAUGCAGCUGGAAGAAAAGCAUCAGUGGGAAAAGAUCCUGCAGAAGGUGCUCCUAGGCUGCCAAGAGAACAUGCUGGGGAGCAUGGCCCUGGCUGCCUGCCAGUUCAUGGAGGAGCCAGGAAUGGAGGUGCAAGUGAGGGAGUCGAAACACCCAUAUAACAACAACACCAACUUUGAGGAUAAAGUUCACAUUCCCGGUGCAAUCUACCUCUCCAUCAAAUUUGAUUCUCAGUGCAAUACGGAAGAAGGCUGUGAUGAAUUAGCCAUGUCCAGCAGUAGCGACUUUCAGCAGGAUCGACACAAUUUCAGUGGGUCUCAACAGAAAUGGAAAGAUUUUGAGCUUCCAGGAGACACUCUGUAUUACCGCUUCACCUCUGACAUGAGCAACACUGAGUGGGGCUACAGAUUCACUGUGACAGCUGGACACCUGGGGCGAUUCCAGACAGGAUUCGAGAUUUUGAAGCAGAUGUUGUCAGAAGAAAGAGUCGUGCCGCACCUCCCAUUGGCCAAAAUUUGGGAAUGGCUGGUGGGCGUGGCCUGUCGCCAGACUGGUCAUCAGCGAUUAAAGGCCAUCCACCUACUUCUGAGGAUCGUGCGAUGCUGUGCCCGCAAUGACCUCUGUGACCUUGCGCUGUUAAAGCCCCUGUGGCAGCUCUUCACGCACAUGGAGUACAGCCUGUUUGAGGACGUGACACAACCUGGCAUCCUCCUGCCGCUGCACCGUGCCCUCACCGAGCUCUUCUUCGUCACCGAGAACCGUGCCCAGGAGCUUGGUUUGCUGCAGGAUUACCUGCUGGCCUUAACCACUGAUGACCACCUGCUCCGCUGUGCGGCCCAGGCUCUGCAGAACAUUGCUGCUAUCAGCUUGGCCAUCAACUACCCAAACAAGGCAACCCGCCUCUGGAAUGUCGAGUGUUAACCCUUGGUAUGACGUGCAUGGAACCGGCUAAUCUGUCCACUGGAAUUUUAGAGCAGAUAUCUAAACUCAUUCAGGAAGAUUCCUGUGACAUCAGCACCCGGCUCUCCCUGAGCUCCCACUUCCACUCCGAUUAGAAUGCCAAGCAGCCGUGUCUCCAGAACUUCCCCAUGUCACGAGCUGGCUGCCCGCAUGUACGGUAGCAUGUGAGAAUGGACAGAGCAGGGCAGUUACUCAAGAGGGCAGGCGGCAUGUCCUUGACAAGCUCGUGCAGAGGCAGCCUUCUCCAGGGUCUGCCCCUGUGGAAACCACGGCUCCGGAAGGACCUGGAAGCAGUCCCUGCGGAAAGCGUUCUGUCCCAGUUGAGCUGGAACUGCCUGCCCUUGCCUUUCAGGUGAAGACAGUCGCCCCAGUGCCUCUUUUUUCAGCCAAGACCCCAGUGGCAGCAGCAGCCUGGGAGCUCUUUUGCUUUUGUUUCUUGAAGCCAGGUGAUCCAGACCAAACCAGUGGGGGCCUCUCCUGGCUACCACCUGGUCCCCAGGCAGUCAGCAAGGACUGAGUGCCAUGCUAGCUUCCCUGUGCAGCCGCGGCUGUCCCCAAGGAACCCCUGGUGAGAACACGUGCCCUUGGGAACAGCCAGCAGGCCCCCUGGGGCGUCCGCUUGUGCACCGGCUCCCGGCACAUCUGCGUUUGUUCAGUUGUAACACAUUUCAGUUUCCACCUCGCCGUUUAGAACAGAACCACACUGACUUCCUUGAGAAGGCCUUAAGGGAAUGAGCAGAGGCAAGGUCAUCUGGGGACCAGCUGGUGUGUGUGAAAGGAGAACCUGAGGAAUGCUCUAGCUUCUGGUCCGAAGAAAGGCUUCAAGUGUUAGCAGAAGAGAUCUUAUUUUAGAAGUAAGAAAACACACACACACACACACACUCUCUCUCUCUCUCUCUCUCUCUCUCUCUCUCUCUCUCUCUCUCUCUCUCUCUCUCUGACUUUAUUUCUGCUUCAGUCACAGAAACCCGUCCCAUCCAGCUCUGGGGCUCCGCAUGGGCAUUUGGCUGUCACUUGUCUAGCAAUAACUGCGUCCAUUCUAAUGGAUGCUGCUUUCCAUUUCUCUUACAUGGCUGUAGUCUUGCCCUGAAGUGCUCAUUAUUAUUCUCUGCCCAAAGCCACACUUUGGAGUGCAAAGCUGGUGUGGCACACAGGCCAUGUCCAAACCUCCACGGGGCAUGUGGUGUGAAGAAUGCCUGAGGCAACCACCAUGUAAGAGUGGGUUCUGGGCCCAACCACAUCCCAUGGAGCUAAACUCAAGGAAGGCUCCUCUUAGCCGGGGCCGAGUUGAGCAGGUCGGCACCCCCUUGGCCUUGGGAGCUCCUCGUGCAGGGUCUGCAGGGUCUGGGCUGGAAGGGCCCAAGCCUGCAGGCUCAGGGAGGACUUUACUGCAGGAGCACUUCUGCCUCUGGGUCAGGAGGCUGAGGCGCAGAGACCUCCUGCAGCCCUACAGUGUAAUUCCCAGCCAAGCCUCAAGCUACACAUGCAGCUGUCAUGGAAGGGAGAUGUCGGAGGAGAUGGAAACAGAUGGGAUGGAUCCUGAAAGGUGGUGACCUAAGGCCCAACGCCCCGACCUCAACAAGGCCCAAGGCCCCGGGCCUUGCCUGAUCUCCUGUGGUGUUGGGAUGCGAGUAGACAGGCCCUGUCAGCUUGGUAGAAACCCCUUGUCAUCAUUUACUCUGCCAGCACCCUCAGAGAAGGCCCCAUGUUCCUUUCCACCUGACCCAAGUAGGGCUGGUGGUGAGAGGAUCACAGAGGACAACUGUUGGGGUUUGGGAGACAAGGACCCCACCAUGGGGCAGACUUGCUGAAGGACUGCCUGGAAGAUGGGCGAGGAGACAAGACUGUGCAAUUCACUGCUUAACCUCACCAUGCCACCCACACCCCUCCAUACCUCGGAUUGAUUCAGUACAGCUGGGAUGGGCAGGGCAGUUGCCCCUGUGGCGGUUGCCACCAGCUUUGCUUCCCAUCUUCCCGUGAGGAAGAUAAAUUGUAAAUAAAUGCUGGACUCUUCAUAGCUUCUCCCUGUCCAUGGCCCUUGCUAUUCUGGUCUCCCUGUACUUCACUUUGCAUAGAACAAGCCUAAGUUUUCCCUUCACACAACUGUUGCUCUCUCCUGGCAGCACCUGGCACUGCCAGCCUGGCAUCCUUGCACCCCACCCCCUCUCUUCCAACUGCUGGGUGGCGCUGCCAAGCCAGGCCCAACUCCCCUGGCCCUAGAGUGACCCUGAGCAAGGCUGGAGGCUCCCACAGCUCCUGGUCCCCAGCCGGAACCAGCAGUGCCCAACAAAUGGAUUUCCAUCCAGACCAACAUCUGUCUGAUCCCUCUUAGGAGGCGGGACUGCCUGCAGUGAGACAAAACCGGUGGAAUAGAAGUAUUGUGGAAACAUGUGCCUAAUUAUAAAGCAGUUCUGUUCCAAAUCAUAUAUAUUAUACAGACACUGUUCCUAAUGAGAGGAGUGACUUAUUUUCAUCGUCGUUUUUAAUUUGUUUUCUUACGGGUUUACAAUUUUGAAUUUUUCUUAUUUGGUUGAAGGAAAGAAUUUUGAUUAUAUCAGCUGAGUGAGUUCAGCCUGUAAAAAGGAUGUUAAGUUGUGGGUAAAAUAUGCAAAUGAAGAGAAAUAUAUUGUACAAAUUAUAUAUAAAAAGUUAAAA